UUCUAAGAGUAAGUGUUCUGUGUUUUAUGUGUGGUUUGUCAGUCAAAAGCAAAACAGUAAAAAAUUGAAUUUUUAAUUUUUAAAGAUUAGUUACUUUAAUUUUAAAAUUAUUGCAAUAGAGACAUUUCUAGUGAAGAUUUUUAGAUCUAACUUACUAAUUAAUGGAUCUAAUAUUUAUAAAUGCAAAUUAGAAAAGAUUGAAUGAACUUGUAGAUUUCUAGAACACUGUACCAAGUCCAGAUCAAGUAUGGAUGAUGUGCCAAAUGCAGACAUAUGUAGAGUUUGUAGGUCAGAGGGUUUGUCUGACAGACCCCUUUUUCAUCCUUGCAUUUGUACAGGAAGUAUUAAAUGGAUACAUCAGGAAUGUCUAAUGCAAUGGAUGCGUUAUUCCAGAAAAGAAUACUGUGAGCUAUGUGGUCAUAGAUUUUCAUUCACUCCUAUUUACUCUCCUGAUAUGCCACGAAGAUUGCCAGUAAAAGAUUUAGCAGCUGGUUUGUUAUCUUCAAUUGCUACAGCUGUAAAAUAUUGGUUUCAUUAUACUUUAGUUGGUACAGCUUGGUUGGGAAUUGUACCUUUAACAGCAUGUAGGAUAUACAGAGCAUUAUUUGCCGACACCGUCGAUGCUAUAUUAACUUUGCCAUUCGAAAUGCUUUCAACAGAAAAUCUAGCUUCAGACAUAUUCCAAGGUUGCUUUGUAGUUACAUGCACUCUGUUUGCUUUUGCUGGUCUAGUAUGGUUGAGGGAACAGAUUUUACAUGGAGGUGGUCCAGAUUGGCUACAGAGGGAUAAUGUGCAGGAAGAACUACCUCGUGUAUUGGAAAACAUUCCAGAAGAGUUGCCAGACGAGGUGGAAGAAAAUGGUCGACAAGAUGCAGGCCCAGCAGCUCAAAUAAACCAAGAACAAGCUGAGGAAGGUGAUGUCAAUGCUGGGGAAGAUAAUAACUGGAUUCCAAUGGAAUGGGAUAGAGCUGCUGAGGAAAUUACUUGGGAACGACUUUUAGGUUUAGAUGGUUCUUUAAUGUUUCUGGAACAUGUGUUUUGGGUCAUCUCCUUAAAUACACUCUUCAUUCUGAUAUUUGCAUAUGCUCCUUAUCACAUGGGUCUUUUAACUCUCUCUAUCUUCAACAUGAGGGAUGCAGCCGCUGCUAGUCACUUUGAAGGAUUAUUAACUACACUAGUGGGAUAUUGUGCUGUGGGAAUUUGGUUUGUAAUUCUGCAUAGAAUUGCAGCUUGGAUGGGUUUUAACAAAGCCAAAAGAAUACUUGGUCUUUGUUAUGUGGUUGUUAAGGUAUCAAUGUUGAGUGUAGUUGAAAUUGGCAUUAUCCCUCUAGUUUGUGGUUGGUGGUUAGAUAUAUGUUCUUUGGCUAUGUUUGAUGCUAGCCUAAAAGAUAGAGAAAAUACUUUUAGAUCAGCACCUGGUACUUCUAUAUUCAUUCACUGGUUAAUAGGAAUGGUUUAUGUCUAUUAUUUUGCUUCAUUUAUAUUAUUACUAAGAGAAAUUUUAAGACCAGGUGUGUUGUGGUUUUUAAGAAAUUUCAAUGAUCCUGAUUUUAGUCCAAUUCAGGAAAUGAUCCAUUUGCCUAUUUUGGAGCAUAUCAGAAAAUUGCUUAUAUCGGCUGUCAUCUUUGGUAGUGCUGUUUUGCUUAUGUUAUGGCUUCCAAUUAGGAUACUUAAAGUUUUAUUGCCAACUUUUUUACCAUAUACCGUUUCAUUAAAUAACAAUGACUCACAAGUGAAUGAAUUAUCCUUGGAGUUGCUUCUGCUGCAAGUCAUUCUACCUGCUUUGUUGGAACAAUCACACACCAGAAUUUGGUUAAAAGGAUUGGUAAGGAGUUGGUGCCGAGUUGUUGCUUGGGCUCUUAAUAUCCAUUCCUAUUUAUUGGGUGAUAAUGAUAAAAAAGAAAGUCAGGAAGGUGAACAAAAUGGCAAUAAUCAACAGCAAAAUCAACCCGAAGUUGGUGCUGGACUUGGAGCCGUCCACCAAGCUUUAUUUAUGAUGGAACCUCCAAUUGGUUUUCAACCUUAUGUUAGACCUUCAUUCUUCAUAGCCAGGCUUGUAGGACUUCUUGUCAGCAUCUGUAUCUCCCUCGUACUGUCUAGCUUGAUUGCACUCACUGUACCAGUUUGGCUUGGCAGAAGUGUUAUGUCACUUUGGCUAGUAGGAGCUCCACCACCAGCCCCACAAAUAUCAGCAACAACAGACGCUCAGACUGAAGUAAAAGUACAUGAACUCUAUACAGCAGCCUGUGGCCUUUAUCUGUGCUGGUUAGCAGCUAGAGCUGUAAGCCUCAUUUUGGGUUGGUUGCCUCAAGGCAGGGCAGCCAUGAUUGACCGGCUUAAACAGUGGUGUAUACUCGGACUUAAAACAAUUAUAGCCAGCAUUAUUCUUCUGGGGAUUAUUCCUCUCUUAUUUGGUUUAUUGUUAGAACUUGUUGUUAUUAUACCACUUAGAGUGCCGAUUCACCAAACUCCUAUUUUAUUUAUAUGGCAAGAUUGGGCAUUAGGAGUUUUAUACACAAAAAUUGCCUGUGCUAUAACUAUGAUGGGUCCAGAUUGGUUUUUAAGAGCUGCAAUUGAGAGGGCUUAUAGAGAUGGCAUACGAGACAUGAAUUUGACUUUUAUUUUCAAAGAGCUCGCAGCUCCAGUUAUAGUUAGUUUUGGACUUGCUUUAGCAAUACCAUACGUCAUAGCUUACACAUUUGUUCCAAUAUUUGUGACAAAUUUACAACUUAGAAAUUUUAUAGCUAGAAGAUUGUAUCCAUUUUUACUUUUAGUUUGUGCAAUUACAGCUAUCAUAAAUCUUCAGAUCAGACAGUUUAAAAAACUAUAUGAACACAUUAAGAAUGAUAAAUAUUUGGUAGGGCAGCGAUUGGUAAACUAUGAUCACCACAGAAAAAAGACUCAAGCCUUAGGUUGAGGUGAAAAUGGAUUAAUUUGCCACAAUAAAUGCAUUUAGAAUAAAUACUUUUCUGGACUGAAUGUAAAAAUACAUAUUUUAAAAAUUGUCAUCUAAUUUUUUUCUUAUAUUGCCAUUGGCAUAAAUUGUAUAUGAUAUACAAGUCCUUUAUUAUUGUUGAGAUUGUAUCUAGAGUCAAAUACUGAAUUGUAAUUAUUAUAUUAUUCAAUUUAAUUAUAUUUUAAAAGGAUACCUAACAUAUUUAUUAGUGUUCGAUUGCGCUUUUUCUGUUUUAGUAAUAAUAAUCUUUAUUUCAGAAAAUGCUAACAUUGUUUACCUGUAGAAGAAAAAUUUACCAAGUAAUGAAAUAACGCCAUAGACAAAACUGG